AUUAUUUAAUGAGCUCUCUUCUUCGCUGAGGUCAUUAAUGGCAGAUUGAAAUUUCAGUUCACUCCUCCGUCAGCGGCGGCAGAGUACGUUCACCGUGUCGGUCGGACGGCUCGAAUAGGAGGACAAGGAAGUAGCCUCCUCUUCCUCACCCCCGCUGAGACGGCCUUCAUUAGUGAGCUGACCAAUCACAACAUCAGCCUAUCAGAGAUGAAGCUGCUGGAUAUCCUGUCCAGUCUGAUGAUGGAUGAUGCGUACAAAGGGCGGGGCAAAUACCACAGCAAGACGUCAUCUCGAGCUCUGGAGCAGGAGAUAAGAGAGCGAGCGACUGUUCUGCAGACGCACUUCGAGAACUUUGUUCACGCCGACGCUGAGUCGCUGCAGAACGCCAAGAAAGCUUUUCAGUCCUUCCUGCGGGCGUACACCACCUACCCCGCUCACCUCAAGCACAUCUUCCACAUCCGCUCCCUCCACCUGGGACACGCUGCCAAGAGCUUCGGCCUCAGAGACGCUCCUCAGAGUCUCAGCUGUGGUGCUCCGGGCCCCGGGACCAAACGGUACAACAACAAACAGACGAGAAGCCCAGAGAAGAACCAGAAGAAGAAGAAGACAAGCGGCAGCGAGGCGGCAGGACGGGCUGAGAGGAGGUGAGUGUGUUUUCACAUU